AUGGGGCUGAAAUGCUACGCCAUUUGCGCGUACGCAUUGAUACUUCACCUGCCGGUGCGAUGCGUUUCGAAAAGUGAAGACCUUUUUAUCCCCCGUUUAUACACCCAUAAUGUUGACACUUCAGAGAAGGAACACUUAAUAAGUUACCUAGGAAUGACUUACGACAUUAUUAAGGGAAACCCGUUGGGAGACCCUCUAUACGCGGUAGACAUGGGGUACAGAAGGUAUGUCCUAAGGAAUAAGUUAAACACAAGGAGUGAUCAGGAAUGUGAAGAAAAUGAACAUCCUUUAUCAGAGAAUCAUGGGGGCAAUCAGGAUAGUUUGUCCUACACAGCCUGCAUGCGGACAAACGUGAAAUGCUCGAGCGGUAAGGAGAUGCACAUAAUUAACGGAUUAGACGACAUCAAUAAGGUAUAUAAAACUUACAAAUUCGAAACGCAGUAUGAUAUUCACCCUUUUAACGCAUCCAAUUAUUACAGAAUGCUGGUAGAAAGAAUUAACAAGGGAGAUUCCAUAAUUCUGCGGAAGGAAAUUUGUGUAAAGUAUUUGGUCUCUUUAUCGGAAGGAGGUGAUGACAUGCUGGACCCAUUCUUUGUAAAUAUGUUAAGUGAACUGGGGAAUAAUUACCAAAACAUCGGGGGGGACAAGUACAAAUGCGAUGUACAAUCUUACAGGAAUAAUAAAUAUAGCCAGGACUGCCUUAAAACUGUUACGCCCUGGAUGACGUUCUUCAAUUUGUAUGGAACGCACUUCAUAUCGGGGGUUUACUACGGGGGGAGGGUGAUAAAUAAUUUGUUCGUAGAGAAUGACUACUUACCAAAGGAUGGUAGAAAAAUUCGGUUGUACACGAAGCGCUUGAACCCGUUUGGCGGUGUGAGCAAGAGGGGACACCACCGUGGCAUUCUAUUCUUUGGAUCGGUUAUAUCGAGUGAGAAAGUCAGGCAUAUAGCUCAACGGGUUGUCAUGGUAGAAGGUGGUGGCGAAGGAGAUGUGGAAAUACCCUCCAUGCAAACCGGAGAAGAUAAUCCUCAAGCAGGAAAAAAUAACAUACGAAAUUUUUCGCACAAAAAAUGGAAAAAUUCUAUCAAAGGAAGUUCUGUAAAGCCUGUAAAGCUAAUUUUGAAACCCUUCUCAGAUUUUAUAAAAUCGGCUGAUGAAAAAAAUGCGUACUAUAAGGCCUUGGAAUUCUACUCAAAUUUAACUUAUACCAAUUACAACCCAUAUCCAUUUCAGUUGAACAGAAGUGAAGGGGAUCUGGACAAGAUGCACAUAAAGAGAUGGCAUCAAUAUAUAGACAAAAAUAUAAAUUUCAAUGUUAUGCCUAAGUGUAAGAAAGGGGAGAAAAUACUUAGCGGGUUUAUCAUUACAAAUAAAAAAAGACUUUAUGAUGAUAAUAACGUGAUGCACGUGUGUCCACUAUCAAGAGAAUGUUCCAGUGGAAUGAACAUCGAAUCAGAUAAAAGUUUUGAAUUUGGAUGGGUUCUAUGUAGUAGGGAAAACCCGCAAGAAAUACACCAGAUGAAAAAACUAGUUCAGGGGAAUAACACAGUAAUUACAUGUCCCUCGAAUAUGAAAAUAGGCUUUGGUUUUUCCUUAACAAUGCAGAAGGGCGUCCACACGAAUAUGAACAUCGAACCGUGUGGAAGCAACGUAGCGUCUUGUGGACUUUCCCCCAAGGUGGGGGAAAGUCCGCAAGGUUUUCUUUGGGUUAACUGUCUUCCUAGUAAUAAGCAGGUACUACUGGGAACGUUGGAAUCCAAAUCCUUUAGCGAAAAAAUGCACUUAAAUGAUAAUACCUUGGUUAGGUUGGAAUGCUCACAGGGGAAGUUCAUCAUUGCGGGGUUCGCAGUUGAUUACACUGCGUCGAGCAUGGAUGAUUAUCUGAUAUGCCCUGUGGGAAGUUCCGCCUGUGAGUUGAAGAUUCGCGUUCAGCAGGUAAGGAGCCUGGAAGUGCAUGUGCCUAUCAUUUUCAUCGUCUGUUCGUCUCUCUAA